AUUAGGGCGAGAUUUGGUAUCACCCCCCUUAAGAUAUUUUUUUAGUAACGCACCCUUGUAAAACCUGUAAACCCUUUUCACCACACCCUUUUACCAACACCUGCUGACUGUGUAUUAUUUAAUGCUGACUGUGUAUCAUUCAAACUCAUCUUUCUUCUUCACCGUUUCUAGGUUAUAUUUCUCCCAAAUCAAUUUUUCCUACAUGCGGCGCCCCUAAAUCUCCAUAGCUCCAAUACUCUUCUUCAUCAGUGUGUUUCUGCAACUUUCAUUCCCAAAUCGUUCUUCUACAGCCUUCUUAUUCGUAGACCCAAUUGAUCAUGGUGGGAAGCAGCUCUCGAGGAAGCAGUGUUGAUUCAGUGUCCCAUCAAGUGUUGCCCAGAUGCGGCUGUGAUAGACCCAUGAAGAUGUGGGUCUCCAACACAGUUCAAAACCGGAAUCGAAAGUUCUGGAAAUGUCGCAAUGCUGGGACUGGCAAUAGUUGCGAAUUGUUCUUAUGGGAUGAUGAAAAUGGAGACUCCAUCAAAGACAAUACAGUGAUUCAUCCAUGUUGCAAGAAGUGUGAGGUACUUCAAAUUCAGUUGGAAUCAGUGACAAAGAAAGUGGUGAAAUUGAAGAUUAAGCUUGAAGCCCAGAAAAGGAAAACUUUGCAGAUCCAGAUUGCUAUAUUUAUGUGUUGUUUGAUAGUUGGUUUAUUGUAUAAUUUCAUGUAAUGAAAGCAAUAAGUAUGACAUUGUGUAUUUUGGUGUCAGUAAUAGGUUAAUUAUCUAUGUAUUUUGAGUUAAGGUGGUUCUGUGCAUUUUGAUCUAGGUUGGUUCUAUGUACUUUGAAAAGAAUGUUGGUUCUAUGUAGUUUGAAAAGAAUGGAAAGAAAUAUUGU